UAUAUGAAUGCCACCACCUAUAAACCGUGGUAUUAAAAAAAAAGAUACCCCUUGAACUUCCAAAGAGCUUCCUAUGAAUAGCAACAACUAAUAUAAAUAACAAUAUAACAGCAAAAUAUUUAGCCCAGGCUACUCUCGGAUACAAUAUGUAUUGUUAGUCUAUUGCCGUUUUUACUUCAUGAAUCCCUUGCGCACCGUUUUUGUGUGUUUCGUGUAAGAUGAGCUCGUACGUAGCAAACAACAUUUUUAAGGAGCAAACGCACGAGGCAUCCCCCUUUAACACCAUGAAUAGUUUUGGCAGUUAUGGCUCUCUCUCUUCCCUCCAUCAAGCCAAUUAUGCCUAUAACGGAGGUCUUCAUUUCAACGGAACAUUCACCUCCUCUGAUUCCACUGCGAACUCUCUGAAACGAGAAGAGAUGGAAACUAGCCUGCGAGGCAAUACGGACACUCAACCUCCACCACGACUAGAGUCUUGCUCAGCUGCGAGCUCCCGGAACUCCGUGCAAAACUGCCUUCGUGAUGGGAUACUGAGCAAAGGGACUGGAAGGCCAAUGGAAGUGGUCGAAAACCCUAUGACUGAAGAAAACGCAAUCAAAGUCGAAACUAUGCAACCCGUGAAAUGUCAAAACCAUUCGAAGAAGCACCAAGACAGUCAACAGCAACCGCAGAUUUUUCCCUGGAUGACAAAACUACACUUGAGCCACGAAUCAUCUGACGGUAAACGCUCUCGAACCAGUUACACCCGCUACCAGACUCUGGAGUUGGAAAAAGACUUCCAUUUCAACCACUACCUCACCCGUCGCAGGCGCAUUGACCUCGCCAAUUCCCUCUGUCUGAACGAGAGACAAAUCAAAAUUUGGUUCCAGAAUCGACGUAUGAAGUGGAAGAAGGAUUCGAAACUGAAAUCAAAGGAUUCAAUAUAAACAUGGAGUUGAUGACUGAUCUGGAGACGAACUGCUAAAAGAAGUAUGCAGAGGGAGACCAUUAUUCGAAACGUGAAGGCCGUUUUCAUAAAUCAGCACUUGUGUUACGGACUAUUACAAACACGUAAUAUGCUAAUAAUGUAACUUUACAUGUGGACUUUUAUUCUUUGCUUGAUGGAUGUAAAAAUGGAAGGAAAAUAUUGAACAAAAAUAUAGUAAUGUGUUGUCUAAAUGUAAAGAUUGUGUAAAGACCUUUGGAAGUCUUAGGGAGGAGCUGUGGACUAUAAGGCCACUCCCUCUUUCCUGUUUCAAUGCAAACACAUGAACAUUCUGCCUAUUCUUUUAUCCUUGAGAUAAUAAUUAAGAACAUGCCAGUGAGUGAUACUGAGUGGUAAUACAAUCAAAGCGAGGAGACCUAACUGUUCGUGUCUCUUAUAAUGACGACAUUUUUUUAUUUUAUUAAAUGUCUUAAAAUUCAUAUCUGGGCGCUGAGUGACUUUGUUGUAUUCGGGCUUACAGCAAACAGACGGUUGACUUUUUGAACUAUGGAUUAUGUCCAACCAAAUAUGUAAGACUUUCGUGAUGGUAUUUGAGGACAGCACCCAUACCUAUAGGCCUACCAUUCCAUGUCUUAUGUCUUAUAUGUUCGCAGUUGUCUGAACCAAUCGAAACAGUGUACAUAUUGAAUAAUCUGCCACCCCCAUAGAUGCACAAUAAUUGCAUAUGUACAGAAGGCCUAUUGUACAAUUGUCUGAAUAAGCUUGUGAUUCAAUCAAAACGCUUACAGGUGUUGAGAAAACGUUUGAAUAAACCUCCCAUACCGUAUUACCAGCACAUUCGUGUCGCAGUUUUGUAUCAUUACACAUGUAUAGGCACUUAGUAUUAAGAAAUAGAUUCGAGGUCCCACACGUCUAUUUAUAACAUUUACAGUAGGCCUAUCUAUCCCUGACAGACAGACGCAUGCACAUACACGUUUAAGCCCCCAAUAAAACUGUAUUACUGUGUUUCCACCUCUCCACCACAGAUAUAAAAUGGUUCCUGUUUUAACAUGAUAGAGCCAGAGAGCAUAGCUAGCUGCUUCUAAAUUCAUAUGGGUUGAGAUGUAUAGGCUAACUUUCUCCAUAGGCCUAGCCACUCACAGACUUGGAUGUUUCAGUGGCCUUACUCACGGACCAAAUGUAAAGCUAUGGUUAUGAAAUAUGUUAAGAGUAUGCUAUAUGUUUAUAUUCAGUCUAUAUCAAAAGUUGUUUUUUUAAAAGCUAACAAAAAAACGGUUUAUUAAUAUAGCUUUAAGUAGAAAUGUUAUCACGUGAGUCAAUAUUGUACGCUAGUGUAGUAGACAAAACCAUAAGUUGAGACACAGCUAUGCAUUGACCUGUAUUCGGCACACUGCUGGCCUAACUAUUGACACGUAUUGUAACAAGAUUUCUUAACAAAACAAAAAUCUAGUUUCAGGGAAAAGGAUUAAUCAGAUGCCUUUUCCUCUAGGAAAUGUUGCCCCAUAUGAAAAAUAUAUAUAUUGUCACUCACCUUGCAGAUUUUAGCCUAGUUUCACUGCUAUAUAAAUACAACAGAGCAUGGACUGAUUUCUCAAUGGCACUGUCGGGCCUAACCUUGCUACAUUGUUAUAUAGGGCUAUCGCAUUCCCCUUUUAGUGUCUCUUUCUUUUAGUAUUUUAAAGUUUGAAAUGUUAUUUAUGCCAAUUGUCCCGAGCAGGGCCUGUGAAUGGUGCACAGGGAGCACGUGGUGCCAUUAAAGUGGGGUUUAUGGCCUGGAAAAACUGACAAACCUUCGAUAUAUACACAUCAUAUAUAAUCUUGUCCUGGAUCGCAGCUGCUGGCUUCUAUUACCUGAGGAAGAAAGGGCUUUGUCUCAGUUAGUGUGGAUUACCCUGGCCAGGACUAGUCCGUCUGUAGUGGUGGUGCUGAUCUCUCGGUCACAAAUGGAUCCUUAAAUGCUCCCACAACAAUCGAGGACUGAGGCGGAAUGAAGGGGAGCAUGUAUGUAUCAGUUAAGAAGAAAUAAACGCGUAUUGCUAUGCUGCCUGAAGAAUCGGAGCGGGUUCCUCAGGCGCCAUUAAGUUCCUUUCAGACUAUUGG